UAAAAAACAAAUUAAUACUUGUGAUACUAUGUUUAACCAAUCCAGCACAUUAUCUAUCGGUAAAACUACAAAUAAACCUACAGAUAGACAAAUUGAAUUAAAUAUAGAUAUGGAUGAAGACACUGAUAAUGAAUCAUCAGACAUAACAAAUGCUAAAGAUUGGGAAAGUUAA